CAUCUUGCACAGCUUCAAUAAAGGAGAAGAAAACGCGAAGUGAGUCGCCAUUCACGCACGGUUCGGUUCGCUCAGUUUUAAAUGCCCUCCUCUGUCUCUUUUCAAUGAAGGAUCAUGUCGAAGAAAGCUCCACCGCCGUUCCUGAGGCGUCACGUCGUCUGGAGGAUCCUCUUCGCACUAACCGUCACGGUUGCCGUUUUCUCUCUUCUCCGUCUCCAGUUUCAGCCUGAUAUAUCGUCUACGGAGUCGAUUGCUCGCGCCAGAUACCGGGUCGCUGCUCGCGAUAUCUUCACUGGACGGCCCAAAGUUGCGUUCUUGUUUCUCGUUCGCCGUGAACUCCCUCUCGAUUUUCUCUGGGGCAGUUUCUUUGAGAAUGCUGACGUGGAGGAUUUUUCGAUUUAUAUACACUCUACUCCGGGGUUUCUGUUCGAUGAGUCGACUACAAGGUCGCAUUUCUUUUACGGCCGACAAUUGAAGAAUAGCAUUAAGGUAGCAUGGGGGGAAUCAAGUAUGAUCCAGGCGGAGAAGUUGUUAUUCACUGCUGCUUUAGAGGAUCCAGCCAACCAAAGAUUUGUUCUCCUCUCUGACAGUUGUGUACCUCUCUACAACUUUAGCUACAUAUACCAUUAUUUGAUGGGUUCUCCAAGGAGUUUUGUGGACAGCUUUCUUGAUGCAAAGGAAGGCCGUUACAACCCAAAAAUGUCACCUGUUAUUCCAAAGAACAAAUGGCGAAAAGGAUCCCAGUGGAUUACUUUAAUUCGAAGUUAUGCUGAAGUUAUUGCGGACGAUGAAAUCAUAUUUCCUGUCUUCAGGAAAUUCUGCAAGCGCCGUCCUCCUCUGGAUGCAAAAUUGGGGAAGCUAAAUCUAAAACUUCAGAAGCAGCAUGAUUGUAUUCCAGACGAGCACUACAUGCAGACAUUGCUUGCAAUGUUGGAUCUGGAAGGUCAAUUGGAACGUAGAACCUUGACCUAUACCCAGUGGAAUCAGUCUGCAGCAAAAAUGAACGAUAAGAGUUGGCAUCCUAUGGCUUUCAGCUAUGCAAAUGCAGGACCCCGUCAAAUAAAGCGAAUUAAGGACAUAAACCAUAUAUAUUAUGAAACUGAGGGUCGGACAGAAUGGUGCCGUAGCAAUUUAACAUCUGUUCCAUGCUUUUUAUUUGCGAGGAAGUUUUCUCGGGGAGCUGCAAUGCGCCUGUUGAGUGAUGGAGUUUUUGGUCCCUUUGAUGCAUCUGCAUUACUGACUGACUCUUUUCAUCCUCGUUAGUAUCUCUCCUCAGAUGGCACUCUAAUCAUCGGCUAACAUGCAUAGAAGAUCAACCUGGUUCGCUGCGACCCUCUUAUACGUUACCAUAGGUAGUCACUCAGCUAAUAACACAAGUUUUGGAGAAGUUGAGCAGAAAGACACAAGUUUCGUAGAACUUGAGCAGAAAGAUCGACAGACAUUACAGGAGUAGAGAUCUGUUAUACUCUGGCUAACAAGAGAUUGAUUGAACAUGACAAUGUGAUUGUCUCAUUCUUUAUCUAGUUAAUUUGAUUUCUGUUCUGAUGUAGUUAUAACAAAUUUUUUGAUAUAAUAGUAAGAGCUUAUUCCA